CAUGACAUAUGUCAAAAUUGAAAUAAACAACUAUUUUGUGAUAAGAAGAACAUCAUCUUACAAAAGAUUAGUCUGCAUUUAUUGAUAAGUCGAGAACAAUUGUUCUUUGUUUGCUUAAAAAUGGUAAUAAAACAUCAUACAGAAAAUUAUGAAGAUUUUUGUACAUUUAUGGACAAAUUUGAUCCAAAAGGACAAGUGGUACAUAUUUUAUUUGAAGGGGCAGUCGACCCGGUGACUAAACAAAGUUGGUGCUCUGAUUGUGUGGAAGCUGACCCAAUCAUAGAAUCCCAUUUAUCAUUGUUGCCAGAAAAUUCUCAUUUUAUAAUUUCUAUUGUUGGAGAUAGACCAACUUGGAAAGAUGCUAAAAAUCCAUUUCGUACUGAUAAGCGGUUUAAGUUGAUGGUUAUACCAACUUUAAUUAGAUGGAAAUCACCACAUAGAUUAGAAGGUGAACAAUUAGCAAAUCCUGAUUUGGUGGAAAUGAUGUUUACUGAUGACAUCGAAGAUAGUGCUGAUUUUAAAAAUGUGAAAGUCGAUGUUCAGACUCCUAUUCCCACUGCUAGUCAAUAAUUGUGGAAAAUGAUGGUGAGUCAGGGUCAUUGCUUCCAUAAGAUUGUAAUGUAGGUCUACAAUGAAACAUUUUUUGGAGUCAACAUUUUAAAAAAAUUCAUGAAUACGUAUUUUAAAUAUAUUUUCUAAAAAA